UAGCAUCGAUCAAACUUAGUGCACUCCUUUUCAAUCGAUUCGGCCAGAAUCUUUGCUAAACAAUCCCAACGGCUUUGACUGAAAUUCAAUCGGAGUGAGAUCUUUCAACUCCGCUAUUUGGAGCAGCAAAUUAUCGACUAGCAAAAUGGAUACGACGUGCGUAGGCUAAUAUUUGCGAAACAAAACAAUCGGAGUGGCGUUCAACGAGCUUGAAAAUUUCGGGGGGAGGGCAGACUUAAGUUGGGACAUACGCCAAUCCGUAGGAACCGUUAGCUUAUUCUUCAUUCCAACGUUUUCAUGUGUGUGUGGGUGACUCAACACCGAAGCACCCGUCAAUUCUCCUUAUUCUACCUUCGCAAGUUAGAGGAACCAACCCCAUAAUUUCGGCACUGCAAACUAUUUUUUUCACCUCCAUUUGUGAAUAAGGACAAAUCUCCAACGAAAAAUGGCGGUCAAUGUUUAUGCUACAAAUGUAACAACCGACAAUCUAAGUCGUCAUGAUAUGCUCGCAUGGGUCAACGACUGUCUGCAAUCAUCGUUCUCGAAAAUCGAAGAGUUAUGCACUGGUGCGGCUUACUGCCAAUUCAUGGACAUGCUAUUUUCCAACAGUGUACCACUGAAGAGAGUCAAAUUCAGGACCAAUUUGGAGCACGAGUACAUUCAAAAUUUCAAAAUUCUCCAGGGUGGAUUCAAAAAGAUGAAUGUUGAUAAGGUGAUUCCAGUGGACAGAUUGAUAAAGGGCCGUUUCCAGGACAACUUUGAAUUUUUACAAUGGUUCAAGAAAUUUUUUGAUGCCAAUUAUGAUGGCACUGAGUACGAUGCAUUUGAAGCACGUGGAAGAAUUCCAUUAGGUUCUGGAGUUGAUGGUUGUCAUAAUUUGUCCAAUCCACAAUUGGUACCGUUGACAACUCAAGCAAAACCACCUCAGAUGCAGCCGAGAGCUCAGAUGCAUCACAAUCAACAGCGGAACAUUGCGCAGAGGCAGCAGGUUCCUAACAAACUCCAGCAGACUCGUCCUGUGACAAAAACAGGCCCACUGGGAAAUCGUGAUACUGGAAAAGUUGAGGAACUCAACAAUCAGAUUGCUGAACUGAAACUCAUGAUUGAUGGUCUUGAGAAAGAGAGAGACUUCUACUUCGGUAAACUUCGAGAUAUCGAAUUGAUGUGCCAGGAGACUGAGGAAGAUCAGCCGCCAAUUGUACAAAAAAUCUUGGAUGUACUCUACGCAACACAGGAUGGCUUUGCUCCACCAGAGGAAUUGGAAGGUGACGGGUUGGCUCCCGACGAUGAGGAAUACUAACCCCCUUAUUCUCUCUGCACUUAGAUCACAAAGAAAAAAAGGUGGACAAAGUUUCAGUACAUUCGAUGAGCCAACAAGGAAUAAACAAACAACAAAGAAAACCCCGAUAAGAAAAUCCAUUAAUCCUAUGCGCAUAAUUGAUUAUAUGAAAUUCCUAGCUGAAAGAAAUACGUGAAAAAGUUUUAAGAGAACGAAAAUUAUCAAGUCAAGAGAUAAACACUCGUUUAUGCAUCAAUUUGAGAAGAAUGUUGUGAAAAAAUACUAGUGCAGACUUCCGCAAAUAUGGAGACAAAUCCCAAACUUUUUACGUUUGCUUUCUGUUUUCCAUCUUUCUUCGGUUCUAUUGUUCCAUUGUCUAAGAAAAUUCUUAGAUUUCAAUGAAAUUACCGAUCAAUUUUCUGCGGAUAAUUUGUGAUUGGUUUUCUUUUUUUAUUUUCAUUUUUUUACAAUUUUGUACACGUUGGAUUAGGAGAGAAAAGCAAAUAAAAUAUCUUCAUGUUCGACUAUUCAUGUUUAAUAAUUUUUCGACACGUUGUUAUCUAAUACGUGUUGGAACUGAUUGUGAUUAUUACUUGUUUAUCAUUUUCACUAUUCAAAAGUCACUGAAUUUAUAUUAAGUGAGAGAAUGUAGGUACCAGUUAUUUUCUAAAUAUGGGCGUAUUGGCCGUGAUCAGAGCGAUAUGUUAGAAAUUCUCAAAAGUUGAGAUCAAAAUUUGAAAUUAUAAUGGAGCACAAAUGGAGGGGCUAAUUUGAGAUGCAUUCUUAGGGAAAAAAUGGGGCUGAAAAGAAGGAAAAAUUGAAGAUUUGUAAUAUUGUGUAAAAUGAGUGAGAUUGGAUGUGUUUAAGGUAUGGGUUGACCAAGAUUAUUGGAAAGAAUAUUGAUGCUUUUUGGAGACUAUUAUUAGAAUAAAGAUCAUCACAGCGA